CAGUUGUGUCUAUAAAUUGCUAGAGAGGGAUCUUUGUGGCUAAAACUCUGUUUUUUUUUUCUGUCUGAAGAAGAAGAUAAAAGAAGGGGAAUAUUCAAAAACCCUAAACUAACUAACUCCAAUGUCUUCCUCCUCCACUCUUCAAGCUUCUCUUCUCCUUCGUCCUCCUUCUUCCUUUAUACCUCACCAUCGUCCUCUCCUCUCUUCUUCUUCUUUACGUUUCAAUCCUCAAACUCUCUCCAGUUUCUACCGUCUUUCUUCAACUCUUCUCAGCUCUCGGUUUCGUCCCCUUCCUUGCUCAUUGCGCCAAGACAAUGUCGCUUCCGACUCAGAUUUCCUUCCCAAGGACGGGAACGUGACGGAGUCAGCAGAGAGUAGAUUGGUUUCGGAAUUAGUGACUACUGACCAAGGGACGAGUGAAGACAUCCUUGCGGCUGAAACCAAUAGUGGAGGAGGAGGAAGAGCGGAACGUGAAGAGGAAGACAAGAAGAAGAAGGAGAAGAGCAAGUUUCAGAUUGUGGUGUUGCUGAUGGGGCUAUGGGCAUCUUUAAAGAGAGCCAUGGAGAAAGUAAUGCAACGGGAGUGGCUAACCUGGUGGCCUUUCUCUCGCCAAGAGAAGCGUCUUGAGAAACUCAUCGCCGAAGCCGAUGCUAAUCCAACGGACGCUGCUUUGCAGGGAACUUUAUUAGCUGAGCUCAACAAACACAUUCCUGAAGCUGUUGUUCAACGCUUCGAGCAAAGGGAACACGCAGUGGACAGUAGAGGAGUUGCUGAAUAUAUUCGAGCUCUUGUCAUUACUAAUGCUAUCACUGAGUAUCUUCCUGACGAACAAACCGGCAAGCCAUCUACUCUUCCCACACUGCUGCAAGAGCUGAAGCAUCGUGCUUCAGGCAAUAUGGACGACUCAUUUGUGAACCCUGGUAUAUCUGAGCGGCAACCUCUGCAUGUUACCAUGGUUAAUCCAAAAGUUUCCAACAAAUCAAGAUUUGCACAAGAGCUUGUCUCGACCAUCUUGUUCACCGUUGCUGUUGGAUUAGUGUGGUUAAUGGGUGCAGCUGCUCUGCAAAAGUAUAUUGGAAGUCUUGGAGGAGUUGGAACUUCGGGUGUUGGUUCAACUUCUUCAUUUUCCACAAAAGAGGUUAACAAAGAGAUAACUCCAGAAAAGAAUCUCAAAACAUUUAAGGAUGUAAAGGGUUGUGAUGAUGCAAAACAAGAGCUUGAGGAGGUGGUAGAAUAUCUGAAAAAUCCAUCAAAGUUUACCCGCCUUGGAGGAAAGUUGCCAAAGGGAAUUCUUCUAACAGGGUCACCUGGUACUGGAAAGACAUUGCUGGCUAAAGCAAUUGCUGGAGAAGCUGGAGUACCUUUCUUCUAUAGAGCUGGAUCUGAAUUUGAAGAGAUGUUUGUUGGCGUUGGAGCUAAGCGUGUGAGAUCCUUGUUUCAGGCAGCUAAAAAAAAGGCGCCGUGUAUCAUUUUCAUUGAUGAAAUUGACGCGGUUGGUUCCACGAGGAAGCAAUGGGAAGGGCAUACAAAGAAGACACUGCAUCAACUACUUGUUGAGAUGGAUGGUUUUGAGCAGAAUGAGGGAAUAAUAGUUAUGGCUGCAACCAACUUGGCUGAUAUACUUGAUCCAGCACUAACAAGACCGGGUAGAUUUGAUAGGCAUAUUGUCGUCCCUAGUCCGGAUGUCCGUGGACGGCAAGAGAUUUUGGAACUCUAUCUCCAAGGCAAACCUAUGUCAGAUGAUGUGGAUGUUAAAGCCAUUGCUCGUGGAACUCCUGGAUUCAAUGGUGCUGAUCUUGCAAACCUGGUAAAUAUAGCUGCCAUAAAGGCGGCUGUUGAAGGGGCUGAGAAGCUUUCUGCUGAACAGUUGGAAUUCGCCAAGGACAGGAUUGUUAUGGGGACAGAGAGGAAGACAAUGUUCGUAUCAGAUGACUCAAAAAAGCUCACUGCCUACCAUGAGAGUGGCCAUGCUAUUGUCGCUUUGAACACGGAAGGUGCGCACCCGAUCCACAAAGCAACUAUAAUGCCCCGUGGAUCUGCGUUGGGGAUGGUUACUCAGUUACCUUCAAACGAUGAAACAUCAGUGAGCAAGAAGCAGUUAUUAGCUCGUCUUGAUGUAUGUAUGGGAGGAAGAGUCGCAGAGGAGCUCAUCUUUGGCCAGGAUCAUAUCACCACUGGAGCAAGUAGCGAUCUCUCCCAGGCUACAGAACUUGCUCAAUAUAUGGUAUCGAGCUGUGGGAUGAGUGAGGCAAUAGGACCAGUUCAUAUAAAAGAAAGACCAAGUUCCGAAAUGCAAUCUCGCAUUGAUGCAGAGGUAGGGACUCUCUUUGUUCGUUUUAUUCUAGUUCCCAUUGAAAUCCUUUUGUUCCCAAGUCUGAGUGUUUAUGGUCAGGUUGUGAAACUCCUUCGAGAGGCAUACGAGCGAGUGAAGUCUCUGUUGAAACGGCAUGAGAAGCAGCUACACACAUUAGCAAAUGCACUUCUGGAGUAUGAAACACUAACCGCAGAAGACAUAAAGCGUAUUCUCCUUCCAAAUCAGGAAGGAGAGAAGUUAGAGGAGCAACAACAACAAGGAGACUUAGUGUUGGCCUAG